AUGAAUUCCUCAUUUCAUGUGCUUUUCUUGGAUCUCAACCUGAAUGCCACAGAAGGUAACUUUUCAGGACCAAAUGUCAAGAACAAAUCUUCACUGUGUGAAGAGAUGGGCAUCGCUGUGGAAGUGUUUCUGACUCUGGGUCUCAUCAGCCUUUUGGAGAACAUCUUGGUCAUAGGUGCCAUAGUGAAGAACAAGAACUUGCACUCCCCCAUGUAUUUCUUUGUGUGCAGUUUAGCAGUAGCUGACAUGCUGGUAAGCAUGUCUAACACCUGGGAGACCAUUACCAUAUACUUAAUAAAUAAUAAGCACCUGGUGAUAGCAGAUGCCUUUGUGCGUCACAUUGACAAUGUGUUUGACUCCAUGAUCUGCAUUUCUGUGGUGGCCUCCAUGUGUAGUUUGCUGGCCAUUGCCGUGGAUAGAUAUGUCACCAUCUUCUAUGCUCUGCGCUACCACCACAUCAUGACAGUGAAGCGUUCUGGGGUAAUUAUUGCGUGUAUCUGGACCUUUUGCACAGGCUGUGGCAUUGUUUUCAUCAUUUACUAUGAAUCCACUUAUGUCAUCAUUUGCCUCAUCUCCAUGUUCUUUACCAUGUUGUUCCUCAUGGCAUCUCUGUAUAUACACAUGUUCCUCCUGGCAAGGGCUCAUGUCAAGCGGAUAACAGCUCUGCGUGGGUACAGCUCUGUGCGACAAAUGACCAGCAUGAAAGGAGCUGUCACCCUGACCAUGCUGCUGGGCAUUUUUAUCAUAUGCUGGGCUCCAUUCUUUCUCCAUCUCAUUUUGAUGAUUUCUUGCCCCCAGAACCUCUACUGUUCCUGCUUUAUGUCUUACUUUAAUAUGUACCUCAUACUCAUCAUGUGUAAUUCUGUGAUCGAUCCUCUGAUAUAUGCCUUCCGCAGCCAGGAGAUGAGGAAGUCCUUUAAAGAGAUUAUUUGUUGCCAUGCCUUGAGAAUACCCUGUAGGUUCCUUGGCAGGUAUUAA